AUGAUGGCCAGCGCAGGCCUCCUCCAAACCAGCCUCAUCUGGGUGACGUACGCUGUUGCUGUUGGACUAUGUCUUCUUGCCGCCAUUAUUACCACCUUCACUUGGCAGACACCCCGAGAGCGGUCUGCCAUAGUCAGCAUUGUUGCGGUUAUCAGUCUUACAGCUCUUUUAGCAACCGUUCUUCUUCUUCCCGUUGAUAUUGCUCUCAUUUCGUCGACCACUCAUGCAUCGCUUGGGGUCAAGAAGGAUUGGGCAACCGAACAGCGCGUUUAUGACAUCUUGCAGACAUUGCGUAUCGUCUACUACUCGCUGUACAGCUUCGACGCUCUGCUAUGUCUCUUGGUCAUUCCGUUCGCCUACUUCUGGUACGAAGAAUACGAUGAGAUUGAGGUUGAGGAAGGCCGGUCGUUCAGCAGCCGCCUCAUCAGCGCCCUCAAGUACACCAUGGUUUUUGUCAUCUUGGUCGUGAUUCUCUUCCUUAUCGGUUUCUUCGUGCCCGCUGCUGGUAGCGACUCGGAUGCUAACUGGGACCUGGAUUAUUUCAAGCGCAUUCUUAUCCAGAACAAUGGACAAAAGGCAUUGGCUUUCGCCCUCGGGCUUCUUGUCACUCUUGGAACUCUUCUUUACAUCCUUUACACCGCGGCCGGACUCGCUCUUCUUCCAAUGUCAUUCAUCAAAUCUGCACCCUCGAUUUCUGCGCCGCAGCUUUCGGAGAACACAGCAACCGCCCUGGAGCAAAACCGUGAGCGACAGCGGCAGUUGGAGAUGCGCAAUGCCGGCCGGCCUGAGGGUAUGUCGUCUAAGGACAGGCGUGAGCUCGAGGCGCUCAUUCGCGAGGAGAGAACAUUGACACGCCGGGAGAGACUCGCAACUGAGGCAUCUGGAGAGGGGCAUCACACUAUUUACAAGGUGUGGUUAAAAAUCUGUGCUGUCUUCAGGCCUAUUAAGUUGCUUGGUGGCAUCCUGUUGCUUCUACUCUCAAUCCUGAUCUGGGUUUCGAUGCUUAUUACAGGCAUUGACAAGGCUAAGAAUUCGCUCUGCAAGCAACGCUGUGGCUACAUCCUUGGGCACAUCAACAUCUUUCAACCCAUCAACUGGAUAUUCCUACAAUCUGCUAAGGCUUUUCCGAUCGACUACAUCCUCAUGGCCCUUCUCGUCCUAUUAUUCUUUAGCAGCUCGAUCACAGGUAUUGCCACGGUCGGUAUCCGCUUCCUCUGGAUCCGCAUCUUCCAAAUCCGCAAAGGAAGAACCGCGCCUCAAGCCUUGUUGAUUGCUACAGUCAUGCUAGCCCUUAUCAUUCUAGCUAUCAACUACGCCAUAGCGAACAUGGUGGCUCCUCAAUACUCGAUCUACGGCACUCAGACCUAUUGCAACGCUCCUCAUCAUGCAGGAGAGACGCCUAACUGCAAGGACAGGCCCGACUACUUGAUACAGUGUUCCGAAGGCUUAGAUGUUGAGGCUCUUAAAGUCUGCACCCCCUCCGUUAUGUCGGAGUUCCUCAACCGGAUAACCAUUACAUGGCCCUUCUUCGGCGCCCUCGACUUUUGGGCACAGUUCGUUUUCCUGGGCAUCUUCCUCCUCGUUUUCGUUACGGGCCUCUUCAGAGCCCCUAAACUCAACAUGGCUGAGAUCGAUGAGGACGCUGAGGCGGAUGAGGAGGAAGGUCUGCUAGCAAGCACGAGCCGUCGAUUCGGCGCGACGUGGCAGGACAUUACGGGCCGAACGAGGUCAAAGAAUACGUACGGCACACAGGAGAGAAACAACGGCGGCGGCUCUUCGGAAGCUUAG